AUGUCCUCCCUGUUCCGCGUCGACAUCAUAGGCGGAGGCCCGCGUUGGCUGAAGAAUCCGACGCGCCCAAACUUGGGGGAGUUCGAGACCGACUGCCUCGUCACGUCGCACGCGGAGAGCUUCGUGGGGCACUACGUGCGCCAGAACGUCGCGGACCUGCCCCACAUCCGCGUAGAGCACAGCACCGUGCUCGUGACGCACUCGGCCGAGGAGCGGGCCGUGUACCUGGGGCAACUCCACGACUCGCCCGCGCGGUCCGACGAGAGCCUCUCCUCCCCGGACGGCAGGGUGAAGGACUCGGCGUUCGAGGCCCUCGAGAGGCUGCUCAAGCUGUGCUCCCACUUCCAGCCCGGGGGCGAGACCAGCUCGGACGCCAAGGAGGAGUGCAGCCGGCUGGGCCAGAAGCGCGUGAAGCGGGUCGCCGCCGCGAGGGGUCGCGUGGAGCUCGGGUGCCGCAUCCUCCGGCUGCUCAGCGUCAAGGCCGACGCCCUGGGCCGGCAGCCGCCGCCGGGGCCCGGGGCGGAGGCGGUGGCCCGCCUCGUGCAGACGGCGGGCGGCUGGCAGCAGAGCGUCACGGCCGCCGCGCAGGCGCUCCGCGCGCAGGGCGAGGGCGAAGCGGGGGCGAGCGUCACCGCGGCGAAGGAGCUGCAGGAGGUGAUCACGGGCCUCGGCGGCGAGGACGAGGAGCAGCUCCUGAAGGCGAUGGACGGGGUCCGACCGGCGAGCGGGGCGCUGCUGGCGCAGCUGGGGCCGUCGGAGCCGCGCCGCGGGUACACGCGGGAAUGCUGGGGCGCAUUCGUGGCGGCGCCCACGGAGCCGGGCGCGCUCGCGCCGCUCGUCGAGGAGCAGCUCUCGGAGGUCGCGGCCGCCCUGCAGGAGCUGAAGGACGCGCUGCGGAGCCACCAGUUCUUCCAGCAGGCGCUGGCCGCGCUGGCGGACUCGGCCGAGGCGAGGCACUGCUCGGUCUGCCUCGAGGACGACCUGCCCCUCACCAAGCUGGCGAUCACGCCCUGCGCCCACAGCUUCUGCAUCCACUGCCUGCGCAAGACGGUGCAGCAGUUCAAGAGCUGCAGUAUCUGCCGGCAGCAGCUCAGUCCCGGCGACGUGGCGCCCGUCUCCCUCGAGCUGAACUCCAGCAUUGCUGGCGCGGGCUCCUCGUCCUCGUCUUCGUCCUCACCGUCAGUGGCCGCUGCGCCCCCGCCGGCGCCCGAAGGCGCGCUUCCGCAGGACGAGCGGCUCCGGCGGUACGGCGCCAAGCUCGCGCUCUUAGUGGGGAGAUUGUGGGCGCUGCGCCAGGCGGACCCGACCGCCAAGGUAAUUCUUUUCGUGCAGUUCGACGACCUGAAGCGGAAAGUGGCCGCGGCGCUCGCGGAAUUCGGGGUGCCCAGCGUCACGCUGCACGGCAGCGUCUCGCAGCGCGGAUCUAUCAUCGACGAUUGGCAGAACAACGCGGGGUCGUCCACUUUCGUGCUGCUGCUGUCCCUGGCGCAGAGCGCCUCCGGUACCAACCUCACCGCGGCGAGCCACGUGGUGUUCCUGCACCCCAUGCUCGCCGAGACCGCCGACGUGGCGGUGGGCUACGAGGAGCAGGCGAUCGGCAGAGCGGCCCGGCACGGGCAGCAGCGGGACGUGGUGCACGUGUGGCGCUUCGUCACCGAGGGCACGGUCGAGCAGACCAUCUCGGACCGCAACAUGGCGGCCAUGGCGGCCCGCGAGGCAGCUGGUCACCGGGCGUCCGCGCCGGCCGCGACACGGGCGCGGCAAGGGCGCUGCAAAGGCCGCGGCAGAGGUCGAGGCCGCGGGGGGCGCGGCCAGGAGCGCCCUGCCAAUGUCGCCGCUGUCCCCGACGAGGACCUUGAGUCCUACCCCGACCUGUCGGUAGUGGCUCCGACCCCGACUCUGCAUGGAGUGGCAUGGCCGCGCUGA